AUGAGUGCGAACCUGAAGAAGUUUAUGGAGUAUGUUCAGCAGAGGAACAUUGAGAAGGUGUCCAAAUUCCUGGAGAAAGGUCUGGACCCCAACUUCCACGACCCUGAAUCGGGAGAAUGUCCUCUGACCAUGGCAUCUCAGCUGGAGGGCUGUGCAGACCUCAUCAAGGUGCUGAAGAGUGGAGGAGCUCACCUGGACUUCAGGACCCAAGACGGCAUCACUGCCCUGCACAAGGCUGUCCGUACCAAGAACCAUACAGCGCUCAUAACGUUGCUGGACCUGGGUGCGUCUCCUGACUAUAAGGACAGUCGAGGGUUAAGUCCGCUCUAUCACAGCUCUAUGGUAGGAGGAGACCCGUACUGCUGUGAACUACUGCUCCAUGACCACGCUCAGGUGGGCUGUGUGGACGAGAACGGAUGGCAAGAGAUACACCAGGCGUGUCGUCAUGGUCACGUUCAGCACUUGGAGCACCUGCUGUUUUACGGAGCUGACAUGGCCGCCCAGAACGCCUCUGGAAACACCGCCCUGCACGUCUGUGCCCUCUACAACCAGGAUAGCUGUACCAGAGUUCUACUGUUUCGGGGAGUGAAUAAAGAGAUCAAGAACUACAACAGCCAGACGGCCUUUCAGGUUGCCAUUAUAGCAGGAAACUUUGACCUGGCCGAAAUCAUUAAGAUCCACAAAGUGUCAGACGUUGUGCCUUUCAGGGAGACCCCCUCCUACACUAACCGUAGACGUGUGUUGGUGGGAGGACUGCCCUCGCCCCGCUCCCUUCUGCGCUCCGCUAGCGACAACAACCUCAACGGGGAGAGCGUUCACGGUCUGGGGCAGGGCCUGCGGCAGGGUCACGGUCGACAGGGUCAGUCUCCUGUCCCCUCUCUGAGGAGCCUGCCUGCACUGGGACAACACCAACAACACGCCAGCCUGGGGGAGACUCAUCAUGGAGAGGUGCCAGACAGCAGUCUCCAGAGCACAGGCAGCUCUCGCUCCUCCCACUCCCGCUCUCCCUCGCUACACAGUCAUCUGCAUGAGGGCGAUCAGAGCGUCAGGAGGACACACGGACACGCUCUGGGACAUGUCCAUCGAGGACGCCUCAGGUGA